CAGCACGCGCGACUGGCGCCAAUUCUGUGAACGACUGACGGAACCGGGAACCUGUUGAGUCACUGACACCAGGAACCGAGAACCGGAGACAGACCUCAGCUGGAAGACCAUGGUCCAGAUCGUUAUCAGGGGCAGCGUGGACGGUAGCAGUCCACCAGAGUGGCUGCUGCUGGAGCUGCAGGGAGAAAUGGUGUCCAGGUACAACUCGGGCCUCGCAGGAAACGUGAUGGGAGACCUGCUCUACACCAAAGAGGGGGUGCCAGUGCUGAUCAUAGGACAUCACAUUCUGUAUGGGAAGCAGGUCAAGCUGGAGAAACCCUAUGCUGUCCUCACCAAACAUUCCACCCACCAACAUUCCCAGGUCACCAUGGAAACAGAGGAGGAGGCGCCCUCCUCCACCUCAUACACGGUGUCUGCCCUCAUCAAACGGAAACUCAUAUUCAAGACGCGGCCAAAACCCAUCAUCACCAAUGUCCCCAAGAAAGUAUAGCAAGUCUGACUUCAUCACUGGUUCCGAAGAGGACUCAGACCCCUUUCUGGACUGCUGUAGUGGACAAUUCAUCAAAAUGUCCUUACUGAGCCCGAUUUAGGAAGUUUAGUGUUUUACCUCAUAGUUUAAGCCAUAAAAAGUCAAACCGUAAAGUUAUAAAAAAACAAACUUUUUAAACCGCUCAGUUCUCUGCAACAGCUUCAGACAUGUCCAGCAGGUGGCAGUGUUCAGAUGGUGGUAGGCAGUUCAAACUGUUAAUUUUCCGUUGAUCCAGCGCAUCAAAGUUAAACUUUAAUCCAUUUAUCCUCAUUGUGUCAUUUUUUACUUUGUUGAUCAACAAGAUGAGGACAGUGAGUUUUUGAGAUACAGUAAAACUCGCCUAAACCGUCAUCGUAUAAACCGGAUAUUUGCACUCACCGGACAAAAGCAACAGACCCAAGGCUUUGUGUAGGUUUCCAUGUAAUAAACACCACAUAUAACGGAUUUUGUAUAACGGAUUUUCGCUCACAUCAGACAAAACGUCCUGCUGCAUCAAAGUGUUUCCCUUAAAAUCUCCUUGCAUGUAUUGGACACAGCAGUCUGGAUGUGCCCCAUAACAGAGGUACAAAAUGAAGUUCAGCAGUACUGUAUUUCUGUCAUUAAAAGCCCGGCUGUUUAUUUUUUCAAACCUUGUUCAGACACGGGACCUAAACGAGGCAGGAUGUAAUUCAAGGUCGGUGAUUAAAUUGCUGCUUGCUGCCUGCACUGUAAUAUGGUGUUAAGUUUCACACGUCUCUGGGUUUGACGAACCAAACCGCUUUAGAUCAGAGCCCUCUGUGGGGCUGAGAACCCUCCCCAGAGCCUGACAGGCACCUGCUAAAUGACGGAGACUGCAAAGGGCUGUGA